UGACAGCGUCGCGUCUGCUUCUGCGAUUUAUGUCAACUUUACCUCCACACCGUAUAAGUGAAGCGUUAAGUUAAAUUCUAUCGGCGAUAUUCCGAUAGAAACAUGUAAUCUAAGAAAAGGGAAACUCGAAGAAUUUGAAGGGAGCUAAAAAAGAGAAAUUACCAUUGACCGAGUAAUAUGUAAUCCUCGAAUAAAAUAAGGAACGAGUCGUGAAAUGAACGUCAAGGUUGACAGGCGAGUCAAACGUUAACGAGUGAGCUCGACGUUCCCUUGUGGCGAUGAUCAUUUAAUAAUCGGGAUUAUGGAGGACGCUAACAAGGAACGUCGGGUCCUGCAGCACUAUGUUGCCAAGCAAGACACGGUACUGAUACGGAUAUUCGGUGCGUGUGACGUAAACGUUAACAAGUUGCGUCUGGGAAUGCUUGUAGAAGCACUAGAGGAUUUGAAGGAGAGCGUGUUGAGGGUACGGGUGACCGACACCAUUGGCGGAUGUAAAACCUGGUAUGGCACGGAAUGGCGUUGCCACAAGUACGAUUUGAUCCCUGUAUCGCAGAAGAUCUGGCAGUACUUGCUCGCCGUCCAGUCACCCCAGGAAAGAGUACGAUUGGCAAACGACGAAGCUCUCUGCGAGCAGAUAAGAAAUAUAUCUGUUAAUGACAUAGUUUGGUAUUGCAAUGAUCCAUCCAACAAACGUGUCAGGGAGUUGGCGUUUGUCAGAUAUAUAGGAUCUGUAGCGCAACUUGGAUUAGGACAUUACUUUGGCCUUGAAUUAGUGGAAAGUCAAGAACUAUUCAAAACAUCUUUAUUGGCCAAAGAAUAUUUUAUUUGCUCGCGUUGGAAUGCUGCUACAGUAUUCGCUGCUGUAAACAAUAUAUAUCCAUAUAAAGAAACUGCAAUCUCUAAAGAAGAUGCGAUCUCUGGCAGCCUUGAAAAAACAUUGUUGUUGAAAAAUAACGUAGGAACAGACCAUGUCAAUGAGAAGAAAAGAUCUGUACUGGACACUACACCGGCUGUUUUAUUAGAACAAUUUACCUUAUUUGAUGACAACAAAAACAACAAUCAUGAAUCUGUCAACAUAAAAGAACGUCAUCAAACUGGAAAGGCAGAACUUGAAAAUGAUAUUAAUAACUAUACUAAAAGUGUUGAUCACGAUCUUUUUAAAUGUGGUAAUGGAGAGAAGAACGAGAUCAAAAAAUUUAACAGAAUAGAGAAUAGAGGAGAUUUAAUGGUGGGCUCUAAUGUGAAGGUACUUCUGGAUUCUGAUAUUCAUUAUGGAGUUAUUCGAUGGAUUGGCACACCGCCUGGUACAAGUCCUGGUAAAUUGAUGGCCGCUGUCGAACUGGAUAAUGGACAUCCUUUAGGUACUGAUGGAACUUACAAAGAUAUCAGGUAUUUCCAUUGUAGGCCUUACAGAGCUGUAUUCACAGAUAUCGAACACUGUUCUCAUUAUGAAAACACGAAGCUGGAUGAACGAUCUGCACUUGUAAAUAACGAUAAUUUCGGUAACAUGGAGAGUUCCGUAAUCACGGGUAUUGUACGACCCAUUUCUGUCAAGGGAGACUUAGAAAGUAUAUGCGGAAAAUAUCGUGGUAUUCAAGGUCAUCACAAUUCGUGCUAUUUGGAUGCCACUCUUUUCAGCAUGUUUACAUUUACUAGCGUGUUUGAUAAUCUUUUGUUUCGCCCGCCGAAUGAAAAAGAUUGUCCACAGUACGAAGAAGUGCAGAGAGUCCUGAGAGAGGAAAUUGUAAACCCGCUUAGGAAAAACAUGUUUGUCAGAGCGGAUCGUGUAAUGAAGCUUAGAACGUUGCUUGAAAAACUAUCAUCAGUAUCCGGUCUCACUAGUGAAGAAAAAGAUCCAGAAGAAUUUUUAACUUCGCUAGUCGCCCAGAUUUUAAAUGCCGAACCAUUCCUCAAAUUAAGUUCCGGGCAGGACGCAUAUCAUUAUCAAUUGUUUGUUGAGAAAGAUGAUCAUCUAAAUUUGCCGACUGUGCAGCAAUUAUUGGAACAGAGUUUCCUGACUAGUAACAUUAGAUUGAAGGAAGUUCCUUCUUGUCUUAUCAUACAAAUGCCACGCUUUGGAAAAUCGUUUAAGAUGUAUCAGAAGAUACAACCUACAUUACUUCUCGAUGUGACGGACAUUAUUGAAGAUUCACCUCGACAAUGUACAGUAUGCGGCAAAUUGGCGGAAUUCGAAUGCAAAGAGUGUUACGGGCAAUGCGGCGUCGGUCUCGAAAGUAUAGCUUUCUGUUUACAAUGUCUCGAAAAAGUACAUCGUCACGAACGAAGAACAAAUCACGAACCGAAGAAACUGAAUGUACCUAAUGAGUUCACAAUUCUACAAGAGCAUUGUCCUGUACCGCGUUUGUAUCUGGAGCUGUCCGCGGUUGUCUGCAUCGAGACCUCGCAUUACGUUUCAUUCGUAAAAUGCGGUCCUGGCUCGGAGGCACCAUGGUGCUUUUUCGAUUCGAUGGCUGAUAGAAAAGGAGAGCAAAAUGGGUAUAAUAUACCGGAAAUGGUACCGUGUCCAGAUUUUCCUUACUGGUUAAGCGAAGAAGGAGGAAAUUAUCUGACCGAAUUGACAGACGAUCGUCAUUUACCGGAACAUGCAAAACGCCUACUUUGCGACGCAUACAUGUGCAUGUAUCAAUCUCCGGAUGUUAUGAUGUACAAAUAAUCUGAAAUGAUUGAUAUUUUUAGUAAUGUUGAUUCUAGCAUUACUAUACAAAAGUGCAAUCUCCUGCUUUAUAGAGUUUUCCCUAAUGAUGUAAUAAAUACACGUAAUGACUGUAGUUAAGAUUAAGACAAUCCCGAAGUCUCGAAAAUUUUAUGUACAAAAUAGGAACAUAUGUUUGUAUG